AUGGAUUUUACCGAGGAAGACAUACAAGAACUGAAGCAUCGCUUCGAAGAGGCUACUGUCAAGUGCUCCGAACGGUGUCUUUACCAAUCUGCAAAAUGGGCGGCGGAAAUGCUCGACUCGAUCGUACCUCUGGAUUCAGGACAGACCGACCCCGAAUCUUCCAUGGACCUCGCAGAACCCCCGAAUGUGCCGUCAAACCCAUACUUGAGGAGUCUUGAUCCCUUAGAAGCGGCGUUGGAGGCCAAAGAAGCUCACAAAUACCUUCUGGCUAAAUCCUACUUCGACACGCGAGAAUACGACCGAUGCGCCGCCGUGUUUCUACCUCCCGCCGUGCCACCAGUCCCCCUGUCCGUCGCCUCGCCGAAUGCCAAAUCCAAGACCGUGAGAGGUACUCCGCGCAAGGGCAAAGACAAGGCGCCAUUUUCCCAACCUGCAAAAAACCAUGUUCAGCCCUCGCAAAAUCCAUAUCCUAAUAUCAGCCAAAAGUCUCUCUUCCUGGCGCUCUACGCCAAAUAUCUUGCUGGGGAAAAGAGGAAGGACGAAGAGACCGAGAUGGUCUUGGGGCCUUCGGAUGUUGGGACGGCUGUGAACCGGGAAUUGCCCGAUCUCGCCCGCGGCUUAGAGGGCUGGCUGGCAGAGCGCAGUGCCAAGGGAUUCGACGAGCGGGGACAGGGCUGGCUGGAAUAUCUGUAUGCUGUUGUGCUGCUGAAAGGCCGCAACGAGGAACAAGCAAAGACGUGGCUGAUUCGCAGCGUGCACCAAAAUCCAUUCCACUGGGGAGCCUGGCAGGAACUGAACGACCUGCUUGGUAGCAUCGAAGAUCUCAAACAAAUCAAGGACUUUUUGCCCGAGAAUAUCAUGACACUCAUCUUCUACGUCUAUUCGAGCCAGGAGCUCUAUCAGGCCACGGAUGACACUUAUUCUACAUUGAAUGAUUUGCAGGCUAUUUUCCCCACGAGUGCUUUCUUGCAGACCCAGCAUGCCCUCUUGUUCUACCACAACAAAGACUUUGAGCGAGCGUCCAAGAUUUUCUCCGACAUCUUAGUCACAUCACCACAUCGUCUGGACAGCCUCGAUCACUAUUCGAACAUUUUAUAUGUGAUGAACGAACGGCCGCGACUUGCCUUUGUGGCGCAAAUUGCAACCGCAACCGACAAAUUCCGUCCGGAAACGUGCUGUGUCGUGGGCAACUACUAUUCCUUGAAAUCAGAGCACGAAAAGGCCGUCAUGUACUUCCGCCGAGCCCUGACCCUCGACCGAAAUUUCCUCUCAGCGUGGACUCUGAUGGGCCACGAGUUCAUCGAGAUGAAAAAUACACACACCGCCAUCGAGUCGUAUCGACGUGCGGUCGAUGUCAAUCGUAAGGAUUACCGGGCGUGGUACGGUCUUGGUCAAGCCUAUGAGGUUCUAGAUAUGUCCUUCUACGCUUUGUUCUACUACCAGCGUGCCGCAGCCCUUCGGCCAUACGAUCCAAAAAUGUGGCAAGCAGUAGGCUCUUGCUACGCCAAGAUGGGUCGCCUUGAGCAAAGCAUCCAGGCUUUGAAACGUGCGUUAGUAGCUGGCUCCUACUACGCGGACGAUCAGCCUGGUAUGGGCACCCGAAAAGUCCUCGAUCCCGAAACCUUACAUCAGAUCGCAACCCUGUACGAAAGAUUGAAAGAUGAAGAUGAGGCAGCAGCCUACAUGGAGCUGACUCUCCAGCAAGAAUCCGGCGGUGUGCCCGUCGGCGAGGGGCAAGUCUCGGAAGAGGAAGAAUACUCGUCAGCCUCGGAGCAAGCUGCACACAGCGAUGACGAAGGCGAGGGCGAGGGCGACUAUUCUGGCGACGAAAAGACAUCGCGCCAGACGCGUUCUCGCCGCGCUCGUCGCAAACCUGGGCCGAGAACAUCGUCCUUUAGCAUGCAGCAAGACGAUUCUUCCAUCGCGGAGAAUUGGCACCAUCCAACCGCAACCACCUCAAAAGCCCGCCUUUGGCUGGCGCAGCAUGCACUGCGGAACGGGGAUCUAAAUCGCGCUGAUCAAUUGGCCGGUGAGCUCUGCCAGGAUGGCAUGGAGGUUGAAGAAGCAAAGGCCCUGAUGAGAGAUAUUCGCGCCAGACGAGAGGACGUUGGCUAG